AUGAAAGUUUCACGAACGUAUCUCCGUUAUUUCAUCUUUGUUCUUCUGAUCAGCUGUGAUAUAAUACUAGCCCGUCGACGACGAAAGCUUUGUGAUGCAUCAGUGAAUGAAAUUUUUGGUUCGUGUGCAAAUCCCUGUCGACAAGAGAAUUGCGAGAAUCGUAUUUACAAUACCACUUUGCCGCUAUGUCUCGAUCCGUGUACAGAGGGAUGUAUUUGUAAAUAUGGGCAUGUUCGUCGAAAAAACGUGACUGAUCCUUGUGUAAAAAAAUGUUAA